CAGCGACGAUGUAUAUUACCAGCAUUUAAAAAUCCGAGGAACGAUAUUAGUAUAUUUGGGUUAUUAAGUAAAAAUAUUGGCAAAGAUCUUUCUAAAAUAUCCAUGCCAGUCAGCAUGAAUGAACCAUUAAGUGCACUGCAGCGUCAGUGUGAAGAACUUGAAUACAGUGAUCUUCUAGAUAAAGCUGCAAUGACUGACGAUGUUGUAGAACGAAUGGCUUAUGUUGCUGCAUUUGCUGUUUCUGCGUACAAUAACAGCCAUUACCGAGCAGGUCAAAAGCCUUUUAACCCAAUAUUAGGUGAAACUUACGAAACAAUUCGAGGAGAUCGUGGAUUUAACUUUAUUGCUGAACAGGUUAGCCAUCAUCCACCCAUUUCAGCAUGUCAUGCCGAUUCUGAAAGAUGGAAAUUCUGGCAAGAUACACGUUUAAAAAAUAGGUUUUGGGGUAAAUCUUUAGAGAUUUUUCCAGUAGGAUCCGUAAACCUUACUAUUCAUAAAUAUAAUGAGAGUUAUAAAUGGAAUAAAGUAACAGCUUGCGUACACAGCAUUCUUCGUGGCCAACGCUGGAUCGAAUAUUAUGGAGAUAUGAUUAUAAAAAAUUCUGUUAAUCGAUUAACUUGCAAGUUAACGUUCAACAAGGGCGGAUCUUUUAAUAACAAGAAAUGUGAUGUGAAAGGACAAAUUCUGGAUAGCAAUGGAAAAACCAUACAAACGCUUUUUGGUAAAUGGAAUGAAGGUCUAUACUUAGGCCAACCUUCAUCAGCAAUCUGCCUAUGGAGGCCAGGAAUUAUGCCUCCAAACUAUGAAAAUUACUAUGGAUUUACGAAAUUUGCUAUGGAACUAAAUGAAAUCGAGCCAGAUCAUCCAGAAAUUUUGCCUUCUACCGACUCAAGAUUUCGAACUGAUCAGAGAUAUUUAGAGGAAGGAAAUUUAGCUGCAGCGGAGACUCACAAACUGCGAAUAGAAGAACUACAGAGGAAAGCUCGCAAAGCUCGAGAGGCAGCUGGACAUAAAUGGACCCCUCGAUUUUUUGAGUAA